AUGUCAACAAAUAAAUAUUUAAAUACAAUUAAAGAUUUAUAUAAAGUGUAUGCUUUAUCAAAAAAUUUUCAAAGAUGUGCUGAAAAAUGUCGAGUAGUUGAAGUAGAAGAAGGACGGGUUAAAGUAGAAAUGGAAGUUGAAGAAAAACAUACAAAUCCUUUUGGCACUUUACAUGGAGGAAUGACAGCAACAUUAGUGGAUAUUGUAACAACAACAGCUUUAAUGGCAACACCUCAGGGAAAGGCGGGUGUAACUGUUGAUUUGACUGUUAGUUAUCUGGCUCCUGCCAGAAUUGGUGAAACAAUUUUAAUAGAUGCUUGGGUAACUAAAUUAGGACGUACUUUAAGUUAUACUUCUGCUGAUGUUUAUAGAAAAGUAGAUAAUACAAAAAUAGCCACAGCUUUACAUACUAAAGCAUUUCCAAUUAUGAAAAAUUAA